UAAAAUGAAGCGGGAAAGGCUGAGAACCUUGGAACUGGGAGGGAUUAAGGAAGACCGUGUCUAUGGCUUCCUCCUACAAUUCCUCUCUAUCAAUCCUCAGCGUUAGGAUCAGAAUUCCAAGCUGUCUUCUCCUCAAUUUCCACCAUUUUUCUUCCUUCUUUUUCUCUUUCUUUCCCGUUCUCUAUACAUGGAUUUUUCUCCCUUGCUCACUUUUGGUUCUCCCCCAAAUACCCAUUCGAUCCUGUCUUCUUCAAGUGCCCUACCCUUACCGCCGCCGCCAUCCUCCCUCCCCAUUCCUCCGCUAUGGGCAACUGUUGCUCUCGUGAAAAUCCCGACGAGCCUCCCACCAGCGUGAAGGAUGGAUCUAACGCGGAUAAGUCCAAGGAUGAUGGCGGAAAUUCUAACCAGGGCAACUCCACCGAGAAUCCAUCGAAUAAAGCCGCUUCUUCGGCCUCGCCGGGGGAUGCCGCUAAGAAUACGAAGCCCUCUCAGAUCGGAACUGUUUUAGGGCGGCCGAUGGAAGAUGUUCGAUCCAUUUAUUCCAUUGGUAAGGAGCUGGGAAGGGGUCAAUUCGGGGUAACCCAUUUGUGUACGCACAAGACUACUGGCGAACAGUUGGCGUGCAAAACCAUUGCUAAGAGGAAGCUCGUAAAUAAGGAGGAUAUUGAGGAUGUUAGAAGGGAGGUCCAGAUUAUGCACCAUUUAACUGGUCAGCCCAACACUGUUGAGCUUAAAGGAGCUUUUGAAGAUAAGCAUUCUGUUCAUUUAGUCAUGGAGUUGUGCGCUGGAGGAGAGUUGUUUGAUCGCAUCAUAGCGAAAGGGCAUUACACAGAGCGAGCUGCGGCUUCGUUGCUCAGGACUAUUGUGCAGAUUGUUCAUACUUGUCAUUCCAUGGGGGUUAUUCAUAGAGAUCUCAAGCCUGAAAACUUCCUGUUGCUGAAUAAGGAAGAGGAUUCCCCGCUCAAAGCUACCGAUUUCGGUUUAUCCGUGUUCUAUAAGCAAGGAGAGGUAUUUAAGGAUAUUGUUGGUAGUGCAUAUUAUAUUGCACCAGAAGUUUUGAAACGGAAAUAUGGACCUGAAGUUGAUAUUUGGAGCGUUGGAGUCAUGCUGUACAUUUUACUGUGUGGAGUUCCACCUUUCUGGGCAGAAUCUGAACAUGGGAUAUUCAACGCGAUCUUGCGUGGCCAUGUCGAUUUUACUAGCGAUCCAUGGCCUUCAAUAUCACCUGCAGCAAAGGAUCUUGUAAGGAAGAUGUUGAAUUCAGACCCCAAGCAGAGAUUGACAGCCUCCCAAGUUCUAAGCCAUCCAUGGAUUAAGGAAGAUGGAGAAGCACCUGAUACACCACUUGACAAUGCUGUGCUCAAUAGGCUCAAACAGUUCCGUGCAAUGAACAAAUUCAAGAAAGUCGCCCUUCGGGUGAUUGCGGGCUGUCUAUCAGAGGAAGAAAUCAUGGGGCUCAAACAAAUGUUCAAGGGCAUGGAUACUGACAACAGCGGGACAAUAACGCUCGAAGAGCUAAAGCAAGGACUCGCAAAGCAAGGCACAAAACUCUCUGAAUAUGAAGUUAAACAAUUAAUGGAAGCCGCUGAUGCUGAUGGCAAUGGAACCAUAGACUACGACGAGUUCAUUACAGCGACAAUGCACCUGAACAGAAUGGAUAGAGAAGAGCAUCUUUACACUGCCUUCCAGUAUUUCGACAAAGAUAACAGCGGAUACAUCACUACGGAAGAGUUAGAACAAGCUCUUAGAGAAUACGGCAUGCACGAUGGAAGGGACAUUAAGGAGAUACUUUCUGAAGUGGAUGCAGACAAUGAUGGUCGCAUCAACUAUGAUGAAUUUGUGGCGAUGAUGCGAAAAGGAAAUCCAGAAGCGAAUCCCAAAAAGCGUCGUGAUGUUUUCGUUUGAUUUUGAUCGUCGGGGCGAGGAGAAGACCUGAAUGUUUAGUUCUUCUGUAGAGAAAUUAUUAUGAGGGUGAAGCUCACGGAUGCUCAUUGUACAAUACUCAUCAUGUGAAGAGAAUGGGAAAGGGUCUAAUGCAUAUAUUUACAAUGUGAAUGUGAAUUGAAUGGUGGUUCCUUUCGAAGAUAGGAAAAUGCCUUAUGAAAGGAAAGGAAAGAAAAGGAAAGGAAAGAAAAGGAAAGGAAAGGAAAGGUCAUUCUUACAUCUAAUUCUUAGGAUUUAAUGGGUGAUUUAUGAUGUUUUUAGUUGUUCUUGGCCACCAUUAGACAGAAUAAUUAUUGCUCUUAUGGUUGA